CUCAAUAUUGUUAGUACACGCGUGRUCCGGCGGUCCACGACCGUGGAAUUUGACGGAGGUGAAGACGGCGAACGAUAACUGACGUUAWCAGAAUUUUCAGAAGACAUACAACCAACCCCYGUAAGCGAACGGUCGUGUGCCAAAAGAGACAAUAAUAUUUUUUUACCGCGUGGUGUCCACGUCGUACGAAUCGGAAUAGCUGCAAGACCAACAGCACUUUGGCGUCGUCGACUGGGUGACGUAAAUCGAAAUAUCGUAGGAACGGGAACGCACUGUAGAUCGUGUUCUAUGCGCCAAGCCGACGACGACGUCAUGAUGAAGUUGCGAGAAACUCUGUACCAGGUGAUGUUCAGGCGGAAAAACGAGAAUGAUAUAGGAGACGACCAUCCGGAUAAGAAGAAAUUGGCUAGGGUUCUCAAUCUGUUGGACCUGACGGCUCUUGGCGUUGGGUCUACAUUGGGUGUAGGUGUCUACGUGCUUGCUGGAAAUGUUGCCAGAAUAGAAGCUGGCCCCGCCGUUGUGCUCUCAUUCGUUUUGGCUGCCUUUGCGUCGGCUCUCGCAGGCCUGUGUUACGCAGAAUUCGCAGCAAGGGUGCCAAGAGCCGGGUCGGCCUAUGUUUACAGUUACGUUGGCGUGGGCGAAUUCGUCGCGUUCGUGAUUGGAUGGAAUUUGAUACUCGAAUACGUCAUCGGUACUGCAAGUGUUGCCAAAGCUUUCAGUAAUUAUAUCGAUGCACUGUUGGACUAUCCCGUGAAAACCACGAUGACUUAUCUUUUCCCCAUGAACGUUAGUUUUUUGGCCGACUACCCAGACGUUUUGUCAUUCAGCCUCGUACUACUAUUAUCGAUUAUACUGUCAUGGGGAGUCCGCGAAUCUACAAUGAUCAACAACGUAUUUACAGUCGUUAAUUUGUUGACCGUGGUUACGGUUGUCGUAUCCGGUUUAUUUAAAGUUAAUUUGUACAAUUGGAAUAUACCAAAACUAGAUAUCCCAAAGAGCGCAAAAGGUGGUGAAGGCGGUUUCAUGCCUUUCGGGUGGGCCGGAGUGACCGCGGGCGCUGCCAAAUGUUUUUACGGGUUCAUUGGUUUCGACUCCGUAGCUACUACGGGAGAAGAAGCGAAGAAACCGAAACGUGACAUCCCGUUGGCCAUCAUACUCUCGUUGACCAUCAUAACGUUUGCAUAUUGCUGUAUCAGUUCGGUUUUAACUCUGAUGUGGCCGUAUUAUGAUCAGGACAUCGACGCGCCGUUCCCGUACGUCUACGAUCAACUUGGUUGGACGACGUUGAAAAUAAUUGUUUCAUCCGGUGCUAUAUUUGCUAUGUUUGCCAGUCUCUUAGCGAGCAUGUUCUCGAUGCCGAGGAUUCUGAUGACCAUGGCUCAAGACGGUCUCAUGUUCAGCAUGUUUUCGAUUAUUCACUCGAGGUUUAAAACGCCACUGUUGGCCACUCUGUUUUCGGGUCUAUUAGCUGGUAUUAUMACGGCGAUUUUGAACCUCGAACAACUGAUGAAUAUGAUGUCGAUUGGCACGUUGUUGGCGUACACGAUUGUAUGUAUUUGCGUGUUGAUGUUACGGUACAGAAACGAUGAGGACGGCGACCAGUUGGUGAUAAAUGGACCAGAGACCAGUAGUGGUUUCUUCRAGGUAGUGGAAAAGUACUUUAACCUGUCCAACAUCGAUAACGCCAACAAAGAGACUGAACGUGUGGCCACGACUAUAACUGUGUUGUACAUUUGCACAUCCGUGCUGUUCAGUUUCGUAACCGUACAAAAAGAGUGCGUCGURACCACCCAUCAAUGGUGUGAUGAUGACGACAACAAUACCGCAGCCUUCAAUCUAGGUUGUGUUGUGAACACCAGCCACGCCACAACACCAUUCGAACAAGGAUGCGUCGAAAACAGCAUCGCGAAGUACGCGASUGCCAUUUUGGCAAUAGGGCUAUUGCUUCUGUUGUUGUUACUGACCAGACAGCCUCAAUCGAAUAAGAAACUUUCGUUCAAGGUYCCGCUAGUACCACUCAUACCAUGCAUUAGCAUAUUGAUGAACAUUUACUUGAUGAUGAAACUCGACCUAAUCACCUGGAUUCGUUUCAGUAUUUGGUUGACGAUUGGACUAUUCAUAUACGUACUGUAUGGCAUGAAUAACAGUGCUGAGGGGCUAAAGCAGAAAGGAGAAUUGAAUAGGAGUAGGUCUAGCUCUGCAAAGUCGAUACACCAGAAUUCUUCCGUCAGUUUAUAAUUACACACCCACCUGUGGCUCUUCUCCAACCUUGUCUAACACUAGGAGUUAUUACGCCCAUCUCCAAGUCUGGUAAUCCUCACAAUGUUCUUAACUACCCUCACAUCACAAUYCUUCACUACAGUUCCAUGUUUUUGGAAUUCGACAUUCCCUUAAUCAGAUUCUAAUUAAAGGCAACACGGCUUCCAGCCCAGCACUACUAAUUUUCACGUUUCAUAUUUUUCAGUCGUUUCAAAUUYAUUUCCAAGUGAAUGUGGUGUACACGAAUUCCUCUAAUGCGUUUGUCUGUCUGGUAAAAACUCGAUCUCUUGAGAAUUUGUGACUCUCUUGUAUUGGUUACGUUCCUUCCUUGAUGACAUCAUCAUUAUGAUUCCAUUUAUGUCGUUUAUUUCCUUAGUUUUUCACCCAUCGUUGUGUUUCUUCACAACUACUAUUUGCGCUCUUUCGAAUUAUACGUUGUUCUUCCGCAAUAUUUCUUCAUCUCAUUUUUGCUGAUGCAAUCAAAAGACAUUUAUGUGUGUUAAUUAUACAUGAUUUUACUAUAUUCUUUAACUAUACAACUUUAUGUUAUAGAAUAGAUAUUAUGUGCUGAUCUGACAAAAACUAAUUCGACCUAUGUCUUAUUUUAUUACUUUUAUAUUAUCAAUAGAAAUAUUAUUACUAAUGAUAKUAUAAAUAAACUUUUACACAUAAAAUAUCUUUAGAAAUAAAGGUAAUGGUGUAUUUCCAUGAUUUCAUUAUAUUUAAGACUCUUUUUUUUUAUUCAAUAACUUAUUAUUAAUUAAUUAUAAUUUAACACAUGGUUAAAAUAAUCUACUCAAUGAUGAUAUAUAUAAUAUAGGUACUUAAAAUCAGCAGAGCUAAUUCACCGGUAUUUAAUAUUU